AGUUUUAGCAGAGGAUCAGUCGUCAUUCAUCGCUCAUCAGACUACGGACGACGGACGUUAAUCUCCAGCAGUACAUGACAAACAAAGACGAGCCAUCUCGUCAUUUACAGCGUCGGAGACUGAGAGGAGAAAAUGCGAUGAACCUCGGCAACCUCAUCCAUUCCUCGCUGCCUCGUCUCGCUCCUGCCCGCUCCAAUUCUAGCUUCAGGGACAAUGGGUGUGAGAACGCUGCCGCCAUUGAAGCCCGGAACGUCAAUUUCUCAAUCUCCACGAGGCAGGGGGCCACUGUGCCGAUUCUCACGGACUGCUCCCUCACCGUCCCUUCCGGGCAGCUCUGGAUGCUCCUCGGUCCAAACGGCUGUGGAAAGUCCACCCUUUUGAGGAUUCUUGCCGGUCUGUUGACACCCACGAAUGGGAAAGUGUAUGUUAAGAGGCCGAAGAACUAUGUUUUCCAGAAUCCUGAUCAUCAGGUAGUAAUGCCUACUGUUGAAGCUGACGUGGCAUUUGGCCUUGGAAAGUCGGGCUUCACCUCCAUGGAAGUCAGGUCCAAAGUGCUAAAAGCUUUGGAUGCUGUCGGCAUGUCUGAUUAUAUGCAAAGGCCGAUUCAAACUCUUAGUGGUGGUCAGAAACAAAGGGUCGCCAUAGCUGGCGCUUUAGCUGAAGCAUGCAAGGUGUUGCUACUGGACGAGCUAACAACUUUUUUGGAUGAAAGCGAUCAGAUUGGCGUAAUCAGAGCAGUCAAGAAUUGUCUGGAAAAAUCCGAAGAAGUUACAGCACUGUGGGUAACGCAUCGCUUGGAGGAACUCGAGUAUGCGGAUGGAGCUAUUUAUAUGGAAGAUGGGAAGGUCAUCAAGCGUGGUGACCCAAUGAGGAUAAUGAAUUUCAUCAGAGCUAAGCAAUCCUCUUAUAGCAACCAAAUAAAUUCUUAGUGAGUCAUGACCUGAUAUUCUUGGAAGAUCCGCCUUCGUAGAGUAUCAUCAUGCUUGUCUAAAGCAUAUACAACAAAAUUAGGCAAAGGUAAGCUGAAGCAAGGUAAGAUCAAUCCAUUUCUAGAUUGAUCUCCCGCACAGCUGCAAUUAACUGCAGAGCUGCUGCAGACAGCCUAGAUUAGAUUGGUACCGAUCCCGUUUUCCUUGACACGUCUUCAUGUCAUGAAUAGGUCAUCCAUGUAUUUAUUCUCCACCACGAUGGGGGUGGGGUGCAUUUGUAUGAUUGAAAACAUUAAGACCUUUCGAUGCGAUCAGCGUCAUAAAUCGAGAUGAGUUGGUAUGGAUUUGUUAGGGUGAAACAGGACGUGUUUGUAUUGGCAUGUGAUUUUCCAAAGCUUGUACGUACGUACAUAAAUAGUGGUUCAGGAAAUGUUCUACCAA